ACCGGAAAUGUGCAGGGAAACAGUUCCGUUUCUGUUUUCAUUCCCAUGUUUUCCACCAAACAGGAAACGAACAUGGCUCCUCAUGUGAACCUCGGGGCUCUGCUUCAGCAGGAGUUCCAGGAGGACGUUGCGCACCGGGAGGACGGACUGUGUGUUGUUGGUAUCUUCGGUAAAAGCAGCACACAGACUGGACCUCUGAAAGGGUCUCUCAUCAACACGCUGGCGGACAAACACAUCUUCUCUCUGUUCGGUGAGUCGGAGGAGGGCGACUCGGCAGACAGCCACAUCGAGGCUUUCUACGACCAGGAGAACCGGGUCCUGUACCUGCUGCUGUCCUCUGUCUGCGACAGCCGGCAGCUGCUGCGGGCCUGCCGGUCCCUGAGCGCCGGGAUCAGCCAUUCUGACGCCCACGACUUCUGGAAGGGCCUGGACCGACAGCACUGCCUGCACCUGCUCUACAUGUUCUCCGUGUGCCACGUCCUGCUGCUGGUCCAGCCCAGCCAGACUUUCGAUGUGACCCACGAUAGGCUCUUCAGGGCCCUGGACGCCCUCCGGCAGAAGGCCCUGCCGCUGAUCCGGGCUGCCAUCAAAGACUGCCCCGUGUCCAAGGAGUGGAAGCUGAACUGCAGACCCUGUCCUCCGCGGCUGCUGUUUGUCUUCCAGAUGACCGCAACUCUGAAGGUCUCUGGGAACGGCUCGGACUCUGGAGGAAACCCCGAUAAACCCAAAAAGCACUCUCCGAGGAGGCGCCUGCAGCACGCUCUGGAGGACCAGAUUUACCGGAUCUUCCGUAAAAGUCGAGUCCUGACCAACCAAAGUAGUAACUGUCUAUUCACGGUGCCCGCCAACCAGGCGUUCGUCUACGUGAUACCGGCAGCAGAUAAGGACCCGGUGGGCACUUUGCUCGGCCAACUGCGGUCCAACUGCAUCUUGUCCGAGCAGGACACCACCCCGGUGCUGUCCGGGCCCAGGAGGUACCAGCAGAUGCGCCGAUCAGCUCGGCAGCCCAGCGGAGAGUCGACCAGCAUGUUGAUGGGCAGUCAGCUGGUGGACUGCAGCCUGAAGGAGUUCCUCUGGCAGCACGUGGAGCUGGUUCUGACAAAGAAGGGCUUCGACGACAGCGUCGGCCGCAACCCCCAACCUUCUCACUUUGAGCUGCCGACCUACACCAAGUGGGUCCAGGUGGCUUCCAGACUCUAUCAAGUCCUGAUUACCAACACGGACGAGGAGAUAGCAGAGCUGGCCACCAAAGUGCAGAGUCAGGUGAAGGUUCUGGAUGGCUUUCUCGACGCCGAUGCAAAGUUUUCAGAGAACAGGUGCCAGAAAGCUCUGCCGCUGGCGCACAGCGCGUACCAGUCCAACCUCCCCCACAACUACACCACCACGGUGCACAAAAACCAGCUGGCACAGGCCCUGCGGGUGUACAGCCAGCACGCCCGCGGGGUGGCUUUCCAGCGCUACGCCCUGCAGCUUCACGAGGACUGCUAUAAGUUCUGGACCAAUGGCCACCAGCUGUGUGAGGAGCGAAGUCUGACGGACCAACACUGUGUGCACAAGUUCCACCUCCUCCCUCAGCCAGGUGAGACGCCGGACAUGGACCACAACCCGCCCAUCAUGAAUCACAACAGCAGGGGGCGCUCCACCAGCUCCUGUAACUGUGGCAGGAAGCAGGCUCCUCGUGAAGAUCCAUUUGACAUCCAGGCUGCCAAUUAUGACUUCUACCAGAUCCUGGAGGAGAAAUGUUGUGGGAAGCUGGAGAGAAUCGCCUUGCCUGUCUUCCAGCCCAGCACUCCAGACCCAGCGCCGGCCUCAGACCAGGUUCAGCGACUCCCCUCUGAGGGGUCGGGCGACGCAGAGAAGCUGAAGGAGCCGAGCACCGCUCAGAGUCACACACCUGGAGACACCAGCCUCAGCCUGGCUCUCAGUCUGGGCCAGUCCACAGAUAGCCUGGGGCCCUACGGGGACGGAGACGGGGCCGAAAACCAAGUCCAACCAAAGAGGCCAAGCCUCAUUGACCGUCAGCCCUCCACGGUGGAGUAUCUCCCUGGUAUGACGCACUCUGCCUGUCCUAAAGGCCUCCUCCCAAAGUUCUCAAGCUGGUCCCUGCUGAAACUGGGCUCAGCAAAGUCCUACAACUGCCAUACUGGCUUGGAGCAGCCAAGCUUUCUCCCGGGUUCUUCGUUCCUCCUGCCGUGGGACUUGGUAAUCCGUUCUCGAUCGGAGGAGGACGCAGGACUCAUGGAGCCAUUGGAUGGAGGCUCGUCGUCUUGGCCGGCCCCCAACAAGAGCCUGGUGGGUAAGCGGGGAAGCGCCGGAGGCCUCGGCAGGGGUCGCAGGAGGGACGACAUGGCUCGGGUGUUCGUGGGGUUUGAGUAUGAAGACAGCAGGGGGAGACGCUUCAUUAGCAGUGGGCCUGAUAAAAUAGUGAAGGCCCUGGGGCCAGGGGGUGCCAAAGAUCCCGCCACCAGAGUGCUGAACACCGACAUGCCACUGUACGUCCCGUCUCCAUCCCAGGGUCGAGGCCUGAAGCCGCACUUCGCUCAACUGGCUCGUCUUUUCAUCGUCGUGCCUGAUGCUCCGCUGGAGAUAACCCUCAACCCCCAGGUACAGCCCGGUCCUCCUCCUUGCCCGAUCUUCCACCCAGAGCAGACGGAGGUGGUGUUGCCGCCUGAUGGGUUCUGGGUGCUGCGGUUUCCUUAUUCCUACGCCACAGAGCGUGGCCCCUGUUUCCCCCCUAAAGAGAACCAACCCCUCAGCAACUACAAGGUGCUGCGUGGCAUCCUGAGGGCCACCACGGCCAACCCCGUGCCACAGUGAUCUGCUGCUCUGUUAACAGUCAAGCACACAGAAACUUCUCCUUUUCAUUUUUAGAUGGAUUAAAGCAUCAUAAUUUCUGUGUAUACCACCAAGAUGAAAGAUGGGACUUUAAAAUGCUCUGUUGAACCAUCAUGGCCAAUGCUCCUGGGACUUUAAAUACUUGUCUUUUUUCUGUAGUCAUUUAAAAAACACUGCAUUUUCUUCAAUCAAUGGGAAAUCUUAUGUGAGACGUUAGAAUAAAGCAAAUAAUAGUAGACAGUAGGGGGCGUUGUGGGUGCAUGUUGUUCAAUCAGGGAUUCCUGUUGAUACUUUCACUGGCUCACUAACUGCUGUAGGCUUCAGAUUAUUCAAAACUUGGACUGAAUUUAAUAUAAACACUUAAAUCACUGUCGAUGUAUUUAAAAGUGUUUUUAUUUUCCUUUCUGUAUGUUUAAAGCAAAGCCAACCAACUUUCUGCAGCAGGGCCGAUUUUUCAGUUUGUAUACAUUAAUUACUGGAGUACAUUAUGUUCUUCUUUCUGUAAAUAAAUACACAAGUUUUAAUUAUCA